AUGCAGUUGCCAUGGGCAGGGCGUGGCGGCUCUGGCAAUGAGUCUCUGCUGCCAAUGGCCAACUUGCCCAUCAUCACUGGAGAUGCGGCCGACGGCGAUCGGGAGGGAAGAUCAGGAGCAAGGCCAGGACAUGCCCGAACAUCCUCUGCGCAUGCGCGAGGCGUCGCCAAAGAAUACUCCUUCAUGACACCCAGCGAAGCUGCUGCGCAGUUACGGACGUCCCUCACGUACGGCCUUACGCCCAACGAAGCCUUGAAGCGACUCGGCGAACAUGGACCGAAUGAGAUACCUCACGAAGAACCAGAGCCUCUGUGGCUCCGGUUUGCGAAGCAGUUUCAAGAGCCGUUGAUUGUACUCCUCCUGGUAUCCGCGGGAACCUCGUUACUCUUGGGGAACACGGACGAUGCGAUAAGUAUCACGGUGGCGGUAACCAUUGUUGUUUCUGUCGGUUUUAUCCAGGAGUAUCGAUCGGAGAAAUCCAUCGAGGCCCUCAAUCACCUCGUUCCGAAUCACGCACAUCUUGUACGAGGCUCAGCGAAUAAGCCGUCUGCUAUGCCGAAAAUGUCUCCGUGGCCCCCUAAUGUCAACGAACUUCGAGACCCGGCCGAUAGUUCUGGUUUAAUGACCCCAAUCGAAGACAUCUUGGACGCCACUUCUUUUAGAGUGUCGGCGUCUCAGCUUGUACCGGGUGAUUUGGUCCUAUUUACCACUGGCGACCGUAUUCCUGCAGAUAUACGGGUUACCAAGGCCGCUGACUUGACCAUUGACGUAUCUAAUCUGACAGGCGAGACGAAGCCUAUCAGUAUAUCAACUGAGUCGCGGUCUCAAGGAAUCAAUCAUUUCUCGAAGCAGUCAUCACUCGCUCCAGCCAUGCCUUUGGACAGCAGCGAGGCGGAGAACAGUGACAUACGGAAUAUUGCAUACAUGGGCACGCUGGUAAAGUCCGGACACGGUCAGGGAAUUGUCUUUGCAACCGGUGGCAGCACUCACUUCGGCUCUAUUGCUACAAGCGUUUCUGGAACGGAAAACCCCCGGUCGCCUUUGCAGCUAUCGAUGGAUGAGCUUGGCACACAGCUGAGCAAGGCAUCAUUUGUCGUGAUUGGAUUGAUAUCGCUUGUUGGUUGGCUACAAGGGAAAAAACUGUUGGAAAUUUUCACCAUUUCUAUAUCCCUGGCCGUUGCAGCUAUACCAGAAGGCUUACCCAUUAUCGUUACCGUUACUUUGGCUCUUGGCGUACAUCGGAUGGCGAAGCAUCAUGCUAUCGUACGCUGGAUGCCCAAAGUUGAAACCCUUGGAUCUGUCAACGUCGUCUGUACCGACAAGACGGGUACUCUCACGACCAAUCAUAUGACUACUGUCGAGAUGUGGUGCUUUGGAGAACAGGGCCCGUUUCACGUCUCCUCGGACGCUGAAGUGGAAGAGAUUAAGCCCACGCAAGCGGCUUUACAUAUCCUACGAAUUGGAAACGUUGCCAACAAUGCGCGCCUGGCAAAGAACUUUGCAGAGAGCGGCGCCGCUGCAAGCGCCGUCUUGACCUCAACCCUUAGUCGUGAAGAAGCAUCUACCUAUACUCGAUGGGUUGGCCAGCCUACGGAUGUGGCCAUGCUCGACAUGCUUGAUAAAUUUAAAGAGCAUGACAUUCGAGAUUCCGUCGGCCCACGCGUCACCGAAGUGCCCUUUAGCUCUGAGAGGAAAUGGAUGGGCGUUACCAUUGGAAACGAAAAAGAGUACGCUUAUAUGAAAGGAUCUAUAGAGAAAGUCCUCGCCGCAUGCGAUACGUAUCUGGAAAAAGAUGGCCGGGAGAUUGUACUGGAUAGUGCACGACGCCAGGAGGCCUUGGCAGCAGCCGAAGCCAUGGCUGUCAAGGGACUUCGCGUUCUUGCUUUUGCUAGUGGUCAAGUAUCCAAGUCUUCCAAAGCUCGUUCGCCUGCACCUGGUACGCGAAGCAACACGCCCGCUGCCGAUGGCACUUCUACCCCAACGAUUCCUCAAGGCUCGGACGAUACGUACAAAGGACUCACAUUUGCUGGCUUAGUUGGCAUGAGGGACCCUCCUCGGCCCGGUGUGGAGCGCUCUAUUCGACGACUUAUGCGAGGCGGCGUCAGAGUUAUUAUGAUCACCGGCGAUGCGGAAACUACUGCACUUGCGAUUGGUAAACAGUUGGGAAUGAGCGUUGCCGUUCCCAGCGCCCAUUUGCCGGGUCAGAACGCAAUAAGAGCUGUCCUCCGGGGAGAUGAGAUUGAUAGGAUGUCUGACCAAGACCUUGCCCAAGCGAUACAGCACACUACCAUUUUUGCCAGAACCAACCCCGACCACAAAAUGAAGAUUAUUCGUGCGCUUCAGUCUCGAGGAGACAUUGUGGCCAUGACGGGUGACGGUGUAAACGAUGCGCCUGCCUUGAAAAAGGCAGACAUUGGUAUUGCUAUGGGACGCCAUGGAACAGACGUUGCCAAAGAGGCCGCGGAUAUGAUUUUGACUGACGACGAUUUCUCCACCAUUUUACGGGCCAUUGAGGAAGGCAAAGGCAUAUUCAACAAUAUUCAGAAUUUCCUUACCUUCCAACUUAGUACGAGUGCGGCCAGUUUGGCCCUGGUUUUUGUCUGCACUUGCUUUGGGUUCAAGAGUCCCCUGAAUGCUAUGCAGAUUCUUUGGAUUAACAUCAUCAUGGAUGGUCCCCCUGCGCAGUCGCUUGGCGUCGAAACAGUAGACCCCGAUGUGAUGAACAGGCCACCAAGGAAGCGGAAUGAUCCAGUCCUGACCAAGAAACUUAUACAGAGAGUUUUAACUUCGGCAGCCAUUAUCAUGGUUGGCACUAUGCUCACAUACCGGCAGCAGAUGGCCGACGGCGUUGUCACUCGCAGGGAUACCACCAUGACCUUUACAUGCUUUGUGUUCUUUGACAUGUUCAACGCCCUUAGCUGCCGAUCCGAAUCCAAGUCGAUACUGCGCGGCGAAGUGGGACUGUUGUCGAACACCUUGUUCAACUGGGCAGUGUCUCUGUCAAUUGUUGGCCAGCUCCUUGUCAUCUAUCUCCCGUGGCUACAAGAGGUUUUCCAAACAGAAGCUAUUUCGCUGGGUGAUUUGAUACGACUUGUCUUGCUUUGCAGCACCGUGUUCUGGGCGGACGAAUUACGAAAGUACUUGAAGAACGGGCGGCGGCGUUUGGGUGGCGGUUACAGUCAAGCG